GAAUCAUACACAGUCGCACAACUCUUUCGAUAUGUCUGCCAACGCGAAUUCAACGAGAUCUCCCAAUUGCGGUCACAGCCAACCAGCGGACUUCCCACAACAAUGGUGACUGUUUCCCGGGAACAGCAGGAUGCUAUUCGCAACCUAAUGCACGACUCUGUGAGCAGCGGAAACUUGCCUCCGCUAUACGUGGCUGUUUCCGACCGUAAUGGAGAAAUCUUCAUGCACCAAGAAAGCUCCACCAGCUAUUCUCUACCCGAAGACACUGUAUUCUGGAUCUGUAGCCAGACCAAACUCAUUACCUCCAUUGCUGCUCUUCAACUGAUUGAGCGAGGAAUGAUUCAACUCGACACCAGAGUAUCGGAUAUUCUCCCAGAGCUAGCUGAACCAUCCGUCCAAGGCUCUCCUGCCAAGCAUGAAAUAACGUUUGGUCAGCUUCUCAACCAUACGAGCGGUCUGAAAUACACGACCUCUGGGCCUUCAUAUGGAGCGCAGGUGUACCAAUCGAACUCUGAAUUCUUGGCUAAAAUCAGAGGAUCGGGCCUGCACCAAUCUUUGAAGUUCGAGCCAGGAACGGACUUUGCAUAUGGUUAUUCAACUGAUUGUAUGGGCUUCAUCAUUGAAAAGCUAUCUGGUCAAACGUUGGAACGCUAUUUUGAAGAUAACAUUUUCUCGCCUUUGGGAAUCUCAUCUGCCUCCUUCUACUUGACACCGGCUCUGAAAGCGCGCUCUUUGCCUUUGCAUUUCCGUGAUGGAAACAACGAGAUUAUUCUCUGGGACCACCAGACCGAAAUCAUCAACCAAGACCCAGAAACGUUGAAGGUUCAUCUCGGAGGAGUCGGCUUGUAUGCUUCGUUGCAGGACUACCUCGCUCUUCUACGACACCUGCUACAAAUCCAAGCAAACAAGGCAACUCAACCAAUCAUGAGCAAAACAUCGUGCGACGCCUUGUUUGACCCCACGCUCAACGAAAAAGCGGCAAAUUCACUGGCUAAGAUGCUUGGUCUUGCCACAGGUCAAGUACAGUUCAGCUGUGGCUUAAUGAUAGAAAUGGAGGAUAAGACUGGUCGACGCAAGAAAGGCAGUGGCUCAUGGGCGGGUUAUGCUUGCACCUCUCAUUUCGUAGACCCAACGACUGGAAUUGCGGUUGUCUUUGGUACACAACUUCUGCCAUCAGGUGACUAUGAUUUAGCAUAUGAACGUCUUUGGAUGGAAAUCGAGGCUGCCUUGUACAAGGGAUUGACGGCGUAG